CUCCACUAGGGGGCGCUGUGGUGCGACGCGGGGAAUCGAACGCAAAGACGGCUCGCGCUUGGUCCGACGUGAACAGUCAGAACCGUAAUGGCGACCGCUGUAACAGCCGACCCGGGAUCGACGGCCCCGACAGGGCCCAGUGGCAUUCGAAAAGUGGCAUCUCCAGAGAUGCCCGGCUCCUCGGGCACCACCCAGAGUAUGAAGAAGACCAUUGGACACAGAGGUGUUGAGACCACCACAGGGGAGACCACCUAUAAAAAGACCACAUCAUCUGCCUUGAAAGGUGCCAUCCAGCUCGGUAUCACACAUACCGUUGGCAGCUUGAGCCAGAAAGCUGAGAGGGAUGUCCUGAUGCAAGACUUCGUUGUGGUUGAGAGCAUUUUCUUCCCCAGUGAAGGGAGUAACCUGACUCCUGCUCAUCACUACAGCGACUUUCGUUUUAAGACCUAUGCUCCCAUUGCCUUCCGUUACUUCAGAGAGCUCUUUGGCAUCCGGCCAGAUGACUACUUGUAUUCUUUGUGUAACGAUCCACUCAUUGAGCUGUCAAACUCUGGUGCGAGUGGCUCCCUCUUCUAUGUCUCAAGCGAUGAUGAGUUCAUCAUCAAGACUGUGCAGCACAAAGAGGCUGAGUUUCUCCAGAAGCUCCUGCCAGGAUACUUCAUGAACUUAAACCAAAAUAAGCGGACCCUGCUGCCCAAGUUCUACGGGCUGUACUGCGUCCAGGCAGGCGGCAAGAACAUUCGUAUAGUUGUUAUGAACAAUUUGCUUCCCCGCAUCGUCCCCAUGCACCUCAAAUAUGACCUUAAGGGCUCCACCUAUAAGAGACGAGCUUCACCCAAGGAGAGGGAGAAGGCUGUGCCCACGUACAAGGACCUGGACUUUAUCCAGGACUUGCCAGAUGGCAUACUGCUGGAAGCUGACAACUACAAUGCCCUCAGCAAGACCAUCCAGAGGGACUGCUUGCUCUUGCAGAGUUUUAAGAUCAUGGAUUACAGCCUGCUGGUGGGCAUCCACAACCUGGACCAGGCCAGUCGAGAGCGGGAGCGUGGUGUGGGACAUUCGGGGGACAGUGGGGGAACAUCGGAUGGGGCAGUGACCCCAGACCAGCGGCGUCCUCAAGCCCAGAAAAGUCUCUACUGUACAGCCAUGGAGUCCAUCCAGGGAGAGGCUCGGGGAAAAGGAGCCAUGGAAUCAGAGGACCACAUGGGUGGGAUUCCCUCCCGGAACAGUAAAGGGGAGCGACUGCUUGUGUACAUCGGCAUCAUUGACAUUCUGCAGUCCUACAGAUUCAUCAAGAAGCUGGAGCACUCAUGGAAGGCUCUAGUCCACGAUGGGGAUACGGUUUCGGUUCACAGACCUGGCUUCUAUGCCGAACGCUUCCAGCAGUUUAUGUGCAACACAGUGUUCAAGAAAAUUCCAUUAAAGCCUUCUCCAUCUAAGAAGAGUCGUGGCGGGGGUCAGGGAGGUCUGAGGAGGGCCCCCACCUUGGGAGCUCCUGUCCCGCUGUCCCAUGCAGCAGGACAGUCAGCCAUUGACUCCAGACUGGUCUACCACACACACUUCAAAAGUACAGAGGCAGAUGGAGACAGUGGCGUACAUCCAGGCAGACCGGAUCUGGUACCUAGGACCCCUCCCCUGCCAGGAAGCUCUGGCGACUAUGAGGCCAACCUGUCUACCUCAUCAAUGGGCAGCACAGGACUUGCCUCCUCUUCUCCUCCACUGCGGUCUGUAGGGGUGGAGGUACACAAAUCUGCAUAUACAGACCAAGACCAAGGUGCUUCCCACAGUGUGGGAGCGGAGGACAUGGGCGACAAUGCAGGCAAUCUAUCUGGAAAUGAAGACGUAGUAUCACUAUCAGACAUCAUCCCUGAGACGAACAUCUGUUUUUAAAAACUGGACCGGCCCCAUCUAAACAUGAGGCGAUUCUGAAAGGAGAGAUGAGGUGGGCGGGAUUCGGGAAUUAUAGAGAGCGAAUUUCACACACCUGCAGCGGCUCCACCCUCCUCCUCCUCCUCCUCCUCCUCCUCCUCUGUUGUUUACCUCACCCAUAUCUGCGGGGGAAGUUCCAUGUAUUCCAGUUGAUGAGGUGAGGUGGAGGCUGUGGCUUGGCAUGGCAGCGGUGGGAGACUGGGGGGAAGACGGUCUAUAUGGUGGCCUGUAGGCUUUCCCAGCCAACUACACAGCGUGUGCUGCUAAACAAAGUAAACGGAAAAAGAAACGCAGUCCUUCUUUAAGUGUCCCAGAGUUCACUUGUGUUGUUCACGCCUGUUGCAGAGCCCCUCUCUCCUGUAUCGGUAGCUGAAGAACAGACUCGCUGCCAAGCACAGGCAGUUUUCGGGCAGCCCCUUUUGAUGCACCAUUCGUUAGUCUAAUGUACAUCUUGCAUCCGUAUGCAGUGGACACCUGCUCUUGUACAAUCCUUAAUCACAGAUGAGUUCAAUGUUCAACCCAUGUCUGUCCGCUGGGGUGAUAUAAUUAUAACAAUUCUGACUUUAAUUUUGUUUUGUGAGAUGACCUAAAGCCUGGUCACCAGUGGAUGACCCUAAGCCUGGUCACCAGUGGAUGACCCUAAGCCUGGUCACCAGUGGAUGACCUAAUGCCUGGUCACCAGUGGAUGGUGAGAAUGGUAGGUAGGAUUUAGGUUUCGAGUUAAGAAUUCUCAGUUCAUCUAUGAUGUAGCGACCGACCAUCAUCUUGGCCUUUUCUCGCAGCCCACUAGUCAGACAGCAGGAAAGACCAUGAAUGAGUAGAGAUGGCAGUCCGGGAGGAAAAUGUAUUUAGAGGCAUGUUAAGGACAAUUUGAAGGAGUGUUUUAAGGAGGUGUGUGAAGGGAGUGUGUGUGUACAUUGUAAGUUUGGGGUGUCGUGACUCAGAUGCUCACUUUUGUUUCAUUAUUUUUCAUUGCAUCCAGGUGACUGUAGCACUGCUCGUGAGAAUGAACCUGUUCUACCAACCAUUUCCUUAACGUUAUCGACAUGAAUUGUGUUGUGAUCAACACCUGCCUCUGUCGGCACUGUAACCAUAUAUGCUUUUCCUUGACUAGUUGGGGAUUUGCAGUAAUGGACUGAUUUCAGGGUCCGGAAAGAUUGUGUACUGAGGGGUUUCAGCAAGCCCCUAUAGUAAAGAGUGUUUGCUGGAAGCCUUGUUGGAACUCCACAGGUCCAGCAAAGGCAGCGUCACCUGCCACCCAAUGACUGCUAGGAUAGGCUCCAGCAUCCCCACGACCCUGAGAGCAGGAUAAGCAGUUUGGAUAAUGGAUGGAUGGAUGGAUUUUCCUCAUGCUGUAUAUGGCAGACAACUUUACAACUCCAGAAUCUCCCCCUCUGAUGUGACCAUGUGUGCCAGGAUGUGAGUGGGAACAGAGGUGCGCGUUGUUGGCCGGCCGAUGCUGUUUAAUGAGGUGUUCAAGUGUUGAUAUUAGAGCAGUAAUAUCUUUUCCUCGCUUGCUUUUCCAUCUUUGAUGACUGUGCCUUCACAGUUUGGUCUCUCCUAAUGUUUGGUGCUGGUACUACUGAGAAGUGAGGCCAUUUUUGGAGGUGAACAAGUGUUUCUCAUGGUCCAUAACAUUCUGUUAGUUGCAGAAGUGCCACAUCACCACAUAUGACUAUGAAAAAAACUGCCAGUUUUAUGUCUGAGUGUUGUAUCACAAUAGUUAAGAUUCUUUUUAACCCUCCCGACGUCAUACAGUAAAGACGAUUGUCUCGUAUACCACUGGCCCUUGUAGCAAUAAGGGCAACUCGCUAUUAUAAAGCACGAUCUGAGUCCCCAAAAAUAAUUUUCAUCUUUAUUAAUUUCUGCUGGUUACAGAAAUGAUUAUUCAAUCCUGUCUUGGACCAGUUGCAUUAACCUGGUUUAAAACGAUUGUUUAUGUGACUAACUAGGGUUGUUUAUAUGUUGUCUUGAGCACAUUUUAUACGUCUUUGUAUAUAAAAUGUUUUCAUAUGAAUCAUUUUGUCUCUUCCCUUAGUUUAUUAUUGAGGGUGCCACAACAGUUUCUUGGGGUGACCGACAGGAGGCAUUUUAAUCUUUAUUUCUGAUGCAGAAAAUUAAAUCUCUACCAGGUGACUGUAGCAGCCUGCAGAUUUCACCCCAUUUACUGAAAUAGGACUGUUGAUGUGGCACAUGUGGUCUGCGCACCAGAGUGUGUGUGUGUGUUUGUGUGUUUGUGUGUGUGUGUGUGUGUGGGAGGGGGGUUGAAAUGUGAGCUAUAGAAGGAUGCAAUGGAGGCAAACUGCCGAGGAUGGGAAAACGGACUAGUGUUCAUCAAUGCGUAGUGGUCCGAUAGGAAACGAGUGUUGUGCGUCAAAAGCCAGUCGUGGCACCAAAGAAAAGAGCAUCACACGCUAGGUAAGCCGUGAGCUUGCAUGAGGCUGGGGAUUGUCGUGUCUGUUGUUGUUCCACGGUCCGGUACGGUUAAUGUUGAGGGCACUCGUGGACGUCGGUGUGGACUGAUGUGCUGUUUGCGAUAAUAACACUGGGCUAACCCGUGUUUUUGGGAAUCUCUUGAAAUGAUAUUUCCUCCAGAAUAUUUUGUAUGAAGGACACAGAAACAUUUUAAGACUAGGAUUUGAAUGCUUGCAAAGUUUUUUUUUCUUUCCUCUUUCAUGAAAAAAGAAAUGGUUUACUUUGUGCUCUUUUAUUUUUCCACACUUGUGUGAAGUUGAUGAUUGAUCUGCUACAAUUGCGGUAGGUGUUAGAGAGCAUCCCUGUCCCAUCCUUUUGUUAAAGCUGGGAUAACUAUCUCACAUUCUUGAUUCAUGGACUCUUUGUGCUGAAAUGUAACUAGGCUACUGGUUUUUGUUUCAGAUAAAUCGAUUUAAAGUCUUAUUCUGCUGGUUGAAAAACAGCCGGCCACCAAAGAAAACACUCCCAAGAGACACUUUUUCAGAUAUUAUGGUCCAGAUAAUAUUAUAUAACUAAGACUUUUAUGCAUCCUGUUUAAAUACCGCUGCUGAAAGAGACAAUUUCCAGAGCCACUUGUUUUUUGUUUUUAUGUGUGGUCCUGCACAGCUUCUGGAUGCAGCCCAGUUCACUUGCUGGUGGUAUUGUAUUCACUAAUACACUAUGGCACAAGAGACACAUCAUCCGUUGGUGCUCAAGGGCAAUGACUUCUCCACUUACACAACACACACUACACCGAUAUGAACUAAUGCAAUAUGAACAACAGUCUGCCAUCUUUCAAUUCCAAGAAACGUAUUUAUUAUUGCAAUUAUGAUUAUUGUUGUAGGCUGAAACAGUUCAGUUGUAUAUGUACUUUAGAUGAUUGUACGUAAAAUGUAUUCUGACAAGAGGGUGUCUGAAACUUUAUAGUGUGUAUUGCCUAUGAGAGGGGAUUGUUUGCCAGUUUCACUUUUUUAUAUCUUGUGUUUUAGAAUAUGAAUAUAGAUAUAUUCUCUCUCCAUAAUGAUUCUGGGUCAAUAAUAUCCCACGCUUUUCUACAUGAAUGUGUCACAUGGCCUACGAGCUAGUGUCGCUGGUUGCCGUCUGUGCGCCAGCGACCGGGCUAUAUUUUUACUAUGUAUAAAUUGUGUAUAUGUAUAUAAGGAGUCACGGAAAUGCCUUCUCAUGCAAUAUGUGCUGCCUGUCCCUCCUGCCAUGUUUCAUUUAUGUGGUGAUGUCUUACAUAUUGUCUGAUUUUAAUGGAUUAAACAUAUUUUCUAA